AUUGAUCAAAGCAACAAAUUGGAUUCGUGAGUAACUCCACCCCAUGGAGUUUGCAAUGUUUUGCACCAGAGUCAAUACCCUGCUUGUCCUGGUGGUGCUCUGUUCCUCAUGUAAGUUCAUCCAAAGCCCAAUGGACUUUGGCCCCUUGAACAUCGCCCAGACCACCAACACAGCAUCAUUAGACUUUGGAAGGAUCCUUUUCCACUCCCCUUGCGGGAUUCUAAGGCCCGACUCUCCCAGGGACAUCUCACUCCUCCUCAGCUUCCUCUCUGCCUCUUCCUUUAGCCAGGUCAGGGUUGCUGCAAGAGGAGCUGGCCAUUCCAUCUAUGGCCAGGCCCAAGCCCUUGAUGGCAUUGUCAUUAUGAUGGACUCCCUUCCCCCCACCAUAGAAAUCCACAGGAGAAGGGAUGGUGACGCUGGCUUUUCCUAUGCUGAUGUUAGUGGUGGGGUUCUUUGGGUGGAGCUCCUAGAGGAGAGCUUAAAGGUGGGACUAGCUCCAAGGUCUUGGACUGAUUACCUCUAUCUCAGCAUUGGUGGAACUCUUUCCAAUGGUGGCAUCAGUGGGCAAGCAUUCAAAUAUGGUCCCCAGAUCAGAAAGGGAGAGCUUGUCACAUGCUCACCUACAAGGAGUUCAGAACUUUUCUAUGCAGUUUUGGGUGGGUUGGGCCAGUUUGGCAUUAUAACAAGUGCAAGGAUUUUUCUUCAAGAUGCUCCUCAUAAGGUAAGAUGGCAUAGGGUCUUCUAUGAAGACUUUGACAUCUUCACCAAGGACCAGGAGCUCCUGAUUUCAAUGCCAGAUAAGGUAGACUAUGUUGAAGGGUUCAUAGUACUCAAUGAGAAGUCCCUUCAUGGCUCCUCCACUGCUUUUCCUUCCUACAUGGACUCCAUCCCUCACUUACAAAAGGGCAGCUCAAAGGUCUACUACUGCAUCGAGUUUGCAGUACAUGUCUACCAAGCCAAGGAUUCUUUCAUAGAGCAAGUUGUGGAGGAGAUCUUAAAGCAGAUGAGCUACAUGCCUUCACGUAUCUACAGCGUCGAGGUGUCCUACUUUGAUUUCCUCAACAGGGUACGGAUGGAGGAAAUGGAACUGAGAAGAAGAGGGGUGUGGGAUGUUCCCCACCCAUGGCUUAACAUGCUUGUGCCCAAGUCAGGGAUCAAGGAGUUCAGAGACUUGCUCAUGGAGCACAUCUCACCAGAGGACUUUGAGGGCCCUAUACUCAUAUACCCACUCCUCAGAGAAAAGUGGAGCACGAACACGUCGGCCGUCUUGCCGGAGGUGCCAGCCGCCUCCACCGUCGGCGGCGAAGAUGACGACGUCGUCUACAUCGUGGGUGUGCUGCGCUCCACCACCCCCAGCAGCUGCCCGCCGGCGUGCCUCCACGAUCUCCUCCGCCGCCACCGCCGCAUUGCAGAGGAGGCCGUCGGCGGCCAAGUUGGCGCCAAGCAGUACCUGCCCCACCACCAGACGGCGAGGCAGUGGCGGGAGCACUUCGGCCGGGGGUGGGAGCGGUUCGCGGCCCGGAAGGCCCGGUUCGACCCGCUCAACAUCCUGGCCCCGGGUCAGGGAAUUUUCCCCAGGAUCUCCGAUUCCAUCCCCAGGACUACCACCCCUUCUCCUCUCCUCCUACACUCUUCUCAGUGA